AUGUCUUCCUUUUGUACGAAUCAUGACCACCUGGCAGAACAGCCAGGGGCAAUGCCUAUUGCGAUUUGCGGAAUGGGUAUGCGACUCCCUGGAGGUAUUCGGGACUCAGAAGCAUUGUAUGACUUCUUGUUGGACAAACGCGAUGCUCGAGGACCUGUUCCCCCAGAUCGAUUCAAUAUUGAUGGCUUCUACGAUUCGGAGGUAAAGCCGGGUAAACUGGCCUCAAAACAGGGUUGCUGGUUGAGCAAUGUCGAUUUGUCCCAUUUUGACUCGUCCUUAUCUUCAAUGAGUCGGACAGAGAUCGAGAACUUGGAUAUGACACGAGGUGGCGAUGAGGAGACGAACAUCGCAUUGUCGCGGCAAGACUUCGGAGUCGACUCACUGGUCUCAAUCGAGCUUCGGAACUGGUGGAAGCAGGCAUUCGGGGCUGACCUGACGGUGCUGCAGCUGAUGAACAGUGGCAGCUUUAUCAAUCUUGGUCAGAAGGCGGUGGACCAACUCAAGCAGAGGCAUUUGAAGGCGUAG